GUCCGAUGAGCCCAGACGAGCUCAGGAAGCAGCGGUUCUUAUUUUAUAUUUUGUAGCUACUAAAAAGGGAAGACGGGCGGUAUAUUUUUGGGAGGUUCGGGGGGGUCGGGCAGACAGCUAAAGACGGUUAAAUAUUUUCUAAUAUUUUUAGGCUAGGUUGCUGCCAGCGACAGAAGAGCUUUGUUAUGUUUUUUGGCGUUGAUACCGGUGAUGUUUACUGUCUAUUUCUGACGGAUAGCCAAUAUUAACUGGUUCCUCCAGCCUGAAACUGCCUAAAUAUUAGGCACAGAGCGGAUUAUUUAACAUAUUUCCCCCUUUAUAUCGCUGUGUGCUGGCGGCACGCCAAUAAUUGACUCUGGAGCAAGACACGGAGGAUAGCAUGGCCAUGACGGGAGGGACGGCAGCUGCCCUUCCCAUGAGCAACCACACCCGGGAGAGGGUGACCGUGGCCAAGCUGACACUGGAGAACUUCUACAGCACCCUGCUCACGCAGCACGAGGAGCGGGAGAUGAGGCAGAAGAAGCUAGAGAAGGCCAUGGAGGAGGAGGGUUUGCCUGAUGAGGAGAAAGUGAUGCGGCGCUCGCAACACGCCCGUAAGGAGACAGAGUUUCUGCGUCUGAAGAGGACGCGGCUCGGCUUGGACGACUUCGAGUCUCUCAAGGUUAUUGGAAGGGGAGCUUUCGGAGAGGUCCGUUUGGUGCAGAAGAAGGACACAGGACACAUUUAUGCCAUGAAGAUCCUGAGGAAAGCAGACAUGCUGGAGAAAGAGCAGGUGGCUCAUAUCCGCGCGGAGAGGGACAUCCUGGUGGAGGCGGACAGCGCCUGGGUGGUCAAGAUGUUCUACAGCUUCCAGGACAAGAGGAACCUCUACCUCAUCAUGGAGUUCCUGCCUGGAGGCGACAUGAUGACGCUGCUCAUGAAGAAGGACACCCUGUCGGAGGAGGCCACGCAGUUCUACAUCGCUGAGACGGUCCUGGCCAUCGACUCCAUCCACCAGCUGGGCUUCAUCCACAGAGACAUCAAACCUGACAACCUGCUACUGGACUCCAGGGGUCACGUGAAGUUGUCUGACUUUGGGCUGUGCACCGGACUGAAGAAGGCUCAUCGCACGGAGUUUUACAGGAACCUGACGCACAACCCACCCAGUGAUUUCUCUUUCCAGAACAUGAACUCAAAGAGGAAAGCAGAAACCUGGAAGAAGAACAGGAGACAGCUGGCUUAUUCCACUGUGGGGACGCCGGACUAUAUCGCUCCUGAAGUGUUCAUGCAGACAGGGUACAACAAGCUCUGUGAUUGGUGGUCUCUGGGUGUCAUCAUGUAUGAAAUGCUCAUCGGUUACCCGCCUUUCUGCUCGGAGACGCCACAGGAGACCUACAGGAAGGUCAUGAACUGGAAGGAAACGCUCGUCUUCCCACCUGAAGUCCCCAUCUCAGAGAAGGCCAAAGACUUGAUUUUAAGGUAUUGCACUGAUGCGGAGAACAGAAUCGGAGCUGUGAGUGUAGAGGAGAUCAAGAGUCAUCCAUUCUUUGAGUCAGUGGACUGGGAACACAUCAGGGAGCGACCGGCAGCCAUUUCUAUCGAAAUCAAAAGUAUUGAUGACACUUCAAACUUUGACGACUUCCCUGAAUCAGACAUCCUUCAGCCAGCCAAUGCAACAGAGCCUGACUUCAAAUCAAAGGACUGGGUGUUCCUGAACUACACUUACAAACGAUUCGAAGGCCUGACUCAGCGAGGCACCAUCCCCACGUACAUGAAGGCAGGAAAGGCCUGACACGCUCCAGGAAAGCAAACACAGAGACGUUUAACGGACACAGGGUCGGGCCGCCGAGCCCCCGCCGGUUCUGACGGGCCACGCCGGUGCCGCGACGCACCGUUGGCCCCUCGGCCUAAACGUAACCAUCAUCACAAGUUAUUUAGGUCCGCUCUGCUGCCAAGAAAACGCCCCACUGGAAGGAGCUGGGAAACGACAGAGCAUCGCCGCAUUACCUCGGUUGUUUAUAUUUCACGUGCGCAGUCUCUAGCCAUAGCUCUCGGGCCAGCUCUUUAACUAGGGCACUAAUUAAGCAUAUCUGCAUGUUCAGCUUAAAGGUUGACAGCAGGAAUGGGGCUUGAAUACGAAUCCCUGCUUUCUGCAUCCUCACGUUGAUAGUUGAUACACUGGCGGUUACAUUAACACAGCUGCAAACUGAUGUCUGCUUAAAAGCUCUCAACACUGUAUUCAAAAUCUGGUUGACCGGAGAGAAUCAGAACUACUGAAGCACACAUGCUGCUGUGCUGUACGGAGAAUUCCAGCACGAUUUCCGAUGAGUUUCAUAGCUCCGACCUGAAGCAAGUUCCAUUUUUCAAUUUUGAUAUUGAUGUUCGGUUUGUCGCUGCCUGCUCUUGCAGCGGUAGGUAUCAAAGUGUUUUUAAUGAGAAUCUCACAAUCGGUUUAGAAUGAAGACAUCUAGAGUUCUCUAUAUAUUGUGAGUUUCACCUUUUUAUCUUUAAUUGAGCGUCCACUGUUUAAGUUGUGUAAUAACUGCGAAUGGAUAUCAAAAAAGUACAAGCAUCACACUCGGGGUAUAAUAUUUUAGGAAUGAGCAAACACCAAAAUCCUGCUGGAAUCCUCCUUGAUAAAGGUGGGACACUGGCAUAGUGCAGGUGUAACUCGCUGCAAAGCAACAAGACAGAACUCGUAAUUCUUCUGCUUAGCAUCUGUCGGUGUGAGGCAUUGCCAAAUCGCUCUGUGUCCUUUCAAGAUGUAAAACGGUCAAUUUAAUGAGUCGCAGGCCCAGCCUCUUGCUUCUUAAGUCAACAAAAACAUGCAAAAGUGCCUUUUUAAGUAGCUAGAUGUAUCACUGUAGUUUAGGAAACAUUAAUUAGAAGGCAUUUGUUAAGCUUAGACUAGAGUAAAGCUGAUUGAUUUUGAGAGAACAGUAAAGGGGCAGCUUGAAUUACAUGCAUAACAAAAAGAAAAUAUAUAAGCUGGUGUCUUUUAGGUGAUUUAUGAGGGUUGUGAUAAUACAAAGGCAGGUUUUUAUGGACAAAAUAAUAAAACAGGAGAGUCUUUAACCAAUAAAGUUGGUUAAGGUUAAGUUGCAUAAGAGUGAUCCCUCUAGGUUUGGAGUUUUUAAUUUUAUGCCCAUCGCAGGAUGCGUUUUAACACUUUUUGUUUUUUGCUCCCUCUAACAAGCACCCAAACGAACAAAGCGCUCCUCGUAAAGUCAGUCUUUAACCAUGAAGUCUCAGAAGGGGAGACUACGGAGUUACCAAAGAACUCUAAUCAUCACAUGCCGUGGUUCGAAUGUAGCCAUCGCUUAUUCUGCACUUAACAGAAAACUACUUUUGAAAAGGAAGUCAUUUCCAUUUACUAGAUCUAAGCUUCUAAAGCAAAAUGUGUGUGUGGACAGUGAUAUUUCUGAGAUGUCCGCUAAGAGUUCUAAGAGUAAAUGUAUAAUCAGGAGGUGUACAGAAGAUUUCCAGGAAUCCCUAUGUUAGCUAUUUCUGAAGGCCUCUGCUAUAAAAGUAGUUCUCUUCUUAUAUUUUCCAUGUAAGUAAUUUAUUUGUUGAGCUACAAUUGCCUUGGCCGACUUCUCUCGAAAAUGCUACAAAACGUUGGACUGAUGAGGGUUUUAGAGGCAGAUAUCUGUAUAUUUUUGUGCUAUUUAUGCUGCUCGUUUUUUUUUAUGUAUAAAUUGGCUUUUUCUUUUUGCAGACAUUCACUGUAUUUUAAUUGGCUGUGUUUUAUGUGAAAUCGCUCCCACUGAUGUAAACAACAAACAGAAAAAAAGUUCAGAAUCCUAUGCACGUCUAUGGACGUCUCUUAUGGGUAAUAAGGUUUGCAAGCCCUUUUUUUUCUAGUCAGCGACAAAAAACGUAAAUUGGUAUGUAGAUGAUGUGAUUGGUAAGGAGUGGUGGAUUCAGCAGGACAGAGCUGAAUCUAUUUACCAGGCAGUUGCUGGCGCAUCCAACAAUCUAGAACAGUGGAGGAAGGUCACCAGACACAAUGAGUGCUUCGUGCAGGCAAUUGAUUGGAGGUUGCGUUGGGUGUUUGCUUCGAAGCAGGUGGUUUUGAUGUGCAUGUUCCCAGCAAUACCACACAGUAGUCCUAAAUUGAGAGUGUUGGACACUCAAGGGCCACCACACUCUUUGUUAAGGUUCCAAACAUUCAAGAUGGACCACAACACCAUAAAUGUGGGGUUUGGAGGUCAAAAGGGCAUAACUUAAGGUUUUCUCUGGUAAUGUUUUGAUGGAACCAGACAGGAACAACAUUCUCCUGCUUGUCUUUCCUAAGAUGUCACCCUCUACACUAGAACUUGACGAUAUGCUGAGGACGUAAUUAAGCUAUUUGAUUCAGUUGUGUUGGACCUGGGACACAUCUAGAUGUUGCAGGACAUCAGGCCAUAGAGGGUUAGAGUUUGACAAACCUGUCAUGAUGAGGUCCUAGCUAGGCCUCCAUAAAAUGGACAUGUGUUGGAUCACCUUGGACAUCAAGUCCAACCCAGUGCUUACCUCUUGAAUCUUGGGUUGACUUGCCAGUGAAGACAUUGGCCAUGUUUUGGACUUGAUGACUGCUUGUACCUACACCCAAUGGUGCCACGGAACCAACUCUUUGAUCUGAUAUCAAAAUCAUUGCAUAACCUUUCGAAACAUGACUUUUUCUUCCAUUGCCACUCUGUUUCAUGUUUAAAGAAAUAGUCCUGCCAUUCAAAUUCUUACUACUGCACGAGUGAAGAAACAAGAGUACCGUAAACGGAUUGGCUCAACAUAUUUAAACUAUUUUGGUUUUCUAGGAAGGUACGCUGACAGGGGGGUCUAAUUAUUUGUUGAAAUUGAUUAACUUAGACAUGGCAUCCAAUGUGUUCUCCAUCUGGUCAUGUCUUUCAAAUGCCACAAAAUCUAUUUGUGGGAAUUUCUAUUCAAACUUAAGUGUCAGUGCAGAGCUUAGUGAUGUCACUGGUUCAUAGUUACAGACUCCAGAGCAACAUUGGGUUGUUGCUGUUCAGUAGAAUGGGUGAUGAAUUCCAAGACUGCCUUUGAUCAACAACAGAAAAGGUUUUAAGCGUUACUGAAACAAUCUCAAAUUAGAAAAUUCAAACCUCUUGGUCAGUUUUUUAGACAGAUGUGUCUAAUUCAGAAACAAAAACUGCUUUCAUAAAACUCCGGAAAAAUAGUGACAUGACUUGAAGACUGACUAGGAAAGGGACAAUUGUUCAUGAAGUGGAUGAUCUCCUUUUGUGUUGUGAGGUGAUGUGUCUCACUGUUUAGUGUUAAAUGUCUGUUUUGUGCUAGGGUUGACGGUGUUUGUUUUUAUUUAUCAUGAAGAAGAUAAAAGGUAGAUGAAUAGUUGCGAUACGUGCUAUAUUUCACUUUAUACAGCCACACUUGACUUGAAAUCCACUAUGGUGUCACUUUAACUAAAGGGAUUUUUCAACGAGGUAGUAAAAGGUUCAGGAAAAAGUUUCUUAUUUAUCAAGCAAGACAAUUCAUUUGCAAUGGACCAAACCAGUUUACUGCCGAGUAACAAAGAGUCUUUGGCAGAUUAUUAAGGGUAAUGCUGUAUGUUUCGUUUUGCCAAGAGACAAUGAACGCAACUACAUCAUAUGAUAAAAUCAACAUAAAGGCCGAAAAGGUGAAUGAUUUGUAUUUCCCUCCCUGUUGAAGGAAGAUUCCCCGGUUCCACGGCUCAGAACUGCGUCAUGAUGUGUAUAUACUCCAGUAGGCACUUGGAAGGAUACUGUCUGUAGAUGAGAGAAGGAGAUGCUCAUUAAUAUAUUCACUCAUGUUGCUGAGUUUUUUUGUUUGUUUUUUUUUUAUGUUGAUACACUGUUCAGAAAUAAUAAAAUUUAAAAUAAUUAAA